CCGGCCUCAGGCGGUGAUGGGAGGCCGGUCGGACUCGGGUUUGGGGCCGCAAUGGAUACCCAGGCGCCGGGCCGGUGGCGACGGCGGAGGCCGGAGGAGCUGCAGGUUCCGGGGGACCCGAAACGGGCAUGCAGAAGACUAGACGCAGCUGUGCAGGAGUGGGGCUGCACCCAGGUGAGGGCCAGCACCCUGGGCUCCUGGAGCGUCGAGGAGCUGGAGUUGAAGCACAGAGGCUGCCCCCUUGCGGCAAGGCCAGAGAGCGGCCAGGCGCGGCCCGGCACGGGGAUUCCUCAGAAUGGUGGAGGGAGCUUGGCCCAGCCUUGCCCGAGAUGUGUUGCGGGAGAAUCUGAUGCACACCUGCUGUAGAGUGUGGUCAUCUCCAAGGAGGAGGGAAGAUGAAGUAAGUGUGUCAUUUUGUGAAAUCUGCAUGGGGUGUACAUAGGUGUUUCUCAUAAAGAUAUGUCAUUAUACAAAGACUCAUGCCAGCUAGAUAAGGAUGAUUGUUGUAGAAGUGUAGGCUUUUAUUGUAGGCCUUUGAAGAAUUCUGUUGAAAAGUGGCAGUAAAGACAAAUAUGCUGUUAAGGAGAGAAGGAAAAUGACUCCUCAGGCAAGUGGUAGUGGGAGGAAUUGUGGAAAUUGCUGAACCACAGAGAGUUGCUGUUAUAAGUCACCCGGUGCUCAGGGGGAGAGAGCUGGCCACAAAGCCGAGGCUCUGCGCGUUAAUAAAAAGUGGUUUUAGCACAAGGGAAAUAGAAGGUGGCCACAGUGUGCACCCAGUGUGCAUGGGUUGAAGUGUAACUAGGUUUAUAGUAGACGGAGGUGUUGGUCUGUGUGUUAAUGUGGUCCCCAGAUGGAGUGAUGUCACACACUCAUAGAGUAAGAUGUGUCCCUGUUGGCCUUGUUGUACCUGCCAGCCCCCCACACAGGUGAGGGAGAGCCCAGGCAGGAAGAUUUUAGUAAAAUGGGGAGUUUGGAAAGGGUUCAUGAAUUGUGGCAAGCAUUCCGUGAGGGAAUGAUCACAGUGAGAGAGAUGAGAGGAGCGUAAGGCUGUGCACACAGAUGUGACCCAGGGGGACCGUGGAGGAAGGUGCUCAGCAGUGGAAGCAGCUGGAAGCAGUGGGACCUGAGUCCCUUUUGAUCCCAACAUUAGAAACAAAUAAAAACGCUCCUCAGAAAACGUAUUCCUCUUGCUUGGUGGGAAAAUACUGGAAUUGUGUUUUUAUCGAAAGUAAUGUAUUAUUUCCCACUGUUGCUUACCAGGUAACUUUUCAAGCCUAAUUAGACAGCCAGCAAGGCGUUUUAAUUGUCAGCAAUAAGAGCUAUAUUCAGGGCACAACUAACCUUCCCCUCCUUCUUAACUUCAUCAGAUCAGAGACUCAGCGCCUGGACAUCCCCUGUCGGGCAUCUCAGAGUGAAGUUUUGCGACCUCACUGUACCAUUCCUUGUCUAGGUCAGGGAUAGGACACGCUCCUCUUUGGGUGUCACCGUGGCUCCCUGCUUUGAGAGGAACACUGACAAACUGGACAGUGUCGAGAAGAGUGAAUAAGAUGAAGGGUUUAAAUGAGCAACUUCUCCAAGUUCUUCUGUG